AUUAGUAUAAAAGGCUAUUGUCCAGGUCACUCUAAUCUCGGAGAAAACAAAGUACUGAUCGCGAGUAAGAGAGACAGAGAGCUACAAGAAUCUGAAUCGCAGUUUGCUGGGUUGGUGGACGGAUUUCGCGCCGAUAACCGAGUCAUUCGGAUUGUGGGGAACCGUUGUGGUGGUGCUCCUGCGUUUUCUCUUCUUUCCGUCGAGGAAAGAGAACAUCUUGUGUUCGCUUUUUGUUAUAAACCGCCAGAACCCUUGGUAGUUUACUGAGCAAGGGAUUACAACUUUUUCCCAGCGCUUCAAAGUGAUUCUACCUUUAAGAAUCUGGGGAAAAUGAUACCUGUUUACAGAUGCAUGGACUCGUACCCCCACCAGAAAACCCAAAUGCCUUUCACUUACUAUCAUCCAGGCUUCGAAGUGGUUCCACCUCAUAUGAGGAUUGAUCCCACCAAGCCUUAUCUUGCAUAUGAAUCUUGGCCUUGUGGUCGCAACUAUAAUUACCCAAUGCCGUGGAAUUCCUGCUGUAAUCAUAACAGCUUCCCUGGUUAUUAUAAUUUUAGACCUCCUUAUCCACAUAUUCCACCAUUGUCACCAAUGCAUUGUUGUGGGGGUGAUCCUGCAUAUCAUGAAGCGUACCACCCUGUUCAUGAUGUACCUCCUCCGCACUACUCGAUGGAUCUGCCUAGAUACGAGUAUGACAAGAAUAUGCCCAGAAACUAUCAUUGCUGUGGUUGUCCUAAUCACACUCACAACCAGAAGGAAGAUAAAGGUGUGAAGAUCCAGGAGAAGGAGCCAGAUGUCGAAAGGAAAGGGAGUAAUUCUGUGGUUCCUGUUCAGAUGAAAAAAUAUCCAUAUCCAAUUGUGUGGAUUCCGCAAGAGUACAUGAAUAACGAGGAGGAUGGAGAGCCAUGCGAAUCAAAGGCUGUAGAGGCCGACAAGGUUCUGUGUGCAGUGAAGCCUCCUGAGAGUUUGAAAUCUAAUGAAUGUGAGCCAAGAGUCUGGAAUGGAUUGGUCCCUUUCGACAUGAACAAAAAUGAUUCUUUGAUGCAGGGUGGAGAUGGGAAGAGAACUCAGAAUCAGCAAAAUGAGGACAAGAUGAGGCAAUUCCCAUUUCCCAUUAUCUGGAUGCCAAACCAUGAUAAGCAGGAGGAAGCUGGAAAGGAGGACACGAAGGAGAUGGAUCCUAAGCCAGAAUCUGCCAAAGAGCCACCUUAUAUUUAUAACUCCAUCGCGGUAAAUCCUCCUCAAAGUGAUGAUUUCACAAAUUCACCUAAAGCAAAUGAAAAGAAAUUUGAGAACCAGGGUGGUUCACCGACUAUGGAGGAAAAAAUUGCCAAUCAGAAAAGCAUUCCAGUGGAGGAAAAAACUACUAAUCAGAAAAAUAUUCCAGUGAAGAAAAUGGAAUCGCAUAAGGAGGAAAGUUCUGAGGAAACUCAUAGCAGAGGAAGAUCUGUUAAUACAACGGACAAGGCUUCUGGUACCAGCAGUAAAAGGCAAUACUCAUCCCCACCAAAGACGCCCAAGUUAUCUCCUGUUUGUUUGAGAGUUGAUCCUUUGCCAAGGAAGAAAAAUGGAUAUGGCAAUUUGCAAUCUCUUAGUCCUCCUCAUCUCAAAGGACAUUCAAAUGACGCUUUCAGGGCCACCACGUCAUCAGCCUUGAAUGAGAACCCUCAUCAAGAUUCAAGAUCUCAGAAUAGUAUUUUAAACAGCGGCAAGGAGAUGGAGACAUACAGAAAGGAGAAGGUUAUUGAGAUGAUGGAAGGGAAAACCAGUAAAGACAAUGAUGGAGAGCAGGGAGGCCAGUCUCAAACUCAGAUUCCUGUUAACUUGCCAAAGGGUUCUCAAGAGGAGGUAUCAGUGAAGCCAACUGUAGAGGAAACUGGAAAACAUGGUGAAGAAUGUAAGAUUCAAGAGGAUAAAGGAGUGAGUAGGGCAGGAGAUAUCACAACUGAGGAACCAAAUGAAGCAAAGAAAGUGAACGAUUCUGCUAAGUUAGCUGGCGAUGAAGGUAAACUUGAGAAAAAGACCCUGCCUGAUGAAGAAGCUGCCAUGCGUAUUCAGUCUGCCUACCAUGGUUAUGAGGUGAGGAAACGGGAGCCAUUGAAGAAACUGAAGCAAAUAGCUGAAGUUCGUCAUCAGAUGCUUGAUGUUCGAAAUCGUAUUCAAAUUCUAGAGUCGUCUUCUGAUCUCCAAAUAGACAACAAGCAAAUUGCAGUAAUUGGAGAAACCAUAAUGCGGCUUCUGCUAAAACUGGAUACAAUUCAGGGCUUGCACCCAACCGUUAGAGAUAUUAGAAAAUCCUUGGCGAAGGAGCUUGUAACCCUACAUGAGAAGCUGGAUUCUCUGAUGAUUAAGUUGUCUGAAGAAGCUAUCGAGGAGGCAUCGACCUCGGAGCAUAUGGAACAGCAUCCUGUUGAGACCCACAGUGGUUCUUGCAUGCAAGAGGAGGGAACAGAUGCAGCAGCAGAACCUGGGGAAAGCACUUUUGAUAAAAACUGCAAUAGUAAUCAAGAAUUGAUGGAGUCACAUGAAAGUUUGCUUCUUGACACGACCACUUUGUCCUGCUCCCAAAUGGAGAAAAAUUUGGGGUCUCCAUUUGCCAACAAGGAGGGGAAUGAGAAAUCUGAAGUUGAAAAUAGAAGUCUACCGGUGGCAAGUGGUGUCCUACCCAAAGAGGCUGGGCUACAGAAAAAUAUGGAGCAAAUUGAUGAGGUGGUUAAUGUUGAGCUUGAUAUUAGUCAAGUGGAGCCGAAAAAUAUAGAAAAGGAGAAUACCCUAUAUUCUGAGCUUGAACAUUCCACUGAACUUCCUUUGUUUGGAGAAGACCAGUUUAAAUCUGAGGGACGGAUUAUGAGAACAUCAUCUGAUGUUGAUUGUCCCUUUCAUGGUAUUCCUGUACAGGAGAUGGAAGAGCUGCUGCACGGUGUAACUGAUGCGAAGCCUCCUGUUUUUGAGUCUGAGAAGGAUGAACAAGUCAGAUUGGUGACUAAUGAAGUCCAAGAGAGUGGAGUGGAAUCCAAUGUGUCUAGUGAUGUCGCUUUGUCUGCCAAAGUUGAUGAUCUGAUGACAACUAAUGAAGGACCAGAGGCUGAUCAGUUAGAAGAAUUACCAGAGAGAGUAAUUGAAGAAGGCCCUGCAGUUUCCGAUUUUAAGAAGCAUGAACAAGUUGAAGUUGAUGGAGGGAGGAAAUGCGAUGUGGCACUUAAUGUGACUUCACCAAAUGAUGAAACUCAAGUUGUAACUCAAUUUGAGCAGCAGGCACUCGAAGUCCCUCAGGAGGAGCAGAUUAUUGUUGAAUCUCCAGAUUCAACUCUUGAAGUAGCAGUGGAGCCACCGUCAGAGUGCUUGGUUGUCUCUGAGUCGGCAGAACCCCAGCCUAUCAUCUCAGUAGUUGAGACAGAAGGCCGCGGUGAAGUGCCUGGAGAUUUAUUUGGAGGAGUAAAUGAUGUUAACUAUACUUGCUCCCCUGUACUGGCAGAUACAGGGGUUACUACAGAGACAGAAGUGCCAAAUUUUGAAAAUAGAGAUGAUCAUGACGAGCAGCCUGUGGCAAUCAGAGAGGAGAAUAAAGCGGCACCAGAGGCAGGAGAAGAAAGCCAGGAUGAAGUUGAGAUUGACCAGACUAAUGGAUCUGAAACUGUCAAGGAGGAUGAGGCUCCACUGCAUGUGGAGAAGGUUGAAGUGGAAAAGGUAUGUGUUGAUGAACACGACUUAGGUUUGGGAAGUGAUAAAAGGCUUGUUGAAGAGAAUGAGAAAUUGAAGGAGAUAAUGGAGAGGUUGAUGGAAGCAGGAAAAGAGCAGCUGACUGUUAUAUCCAACCUGAAUGCAAGAGUGAAAGACUUGGAGAAAAAGUUGUCUAGGAGGAAAAAACUGAGGGCAAGACAGUACGGACCAUCUAGAUCUUGUGUCAAACCUGUAAAUAAACCCCUGAAGGAGAGGGGUGUUGGUGUUGCAAUGUAAACCAAUUGUGCAUGGUUGAGUUAUAUUGUAUCCUAAACCUGUCAUGUUUUUAUAUUUGUUAGUGGUGUAUCAUAUUUUCCCAUCAUAAUUUGUUGGUUUUAUGAUAUUUAA